AUGCAUUAGUUACUUUCCCCUGAUAAGAGUUGGCAGCACUGAUGAGCAGCGUUAGUAAAUAGUCUGCAUGGCCCUUUAAAGCCCAGGUCCUGCCUCCUGCUGUUCCUCAGUUCCUCUGGGACUCAGUUUACCUGUCCGCAGGUACAGGACGGAAACUUGUUUUUGGCCAGAGCAAUUAUGAGGCGAAUUCGGAUUUUUUCAGCCUUCAGAAAUCACUCACACAUCGGGAUAUAAGAAGCAGAAAAGUAGCUUUGUGCUGAAGCUCUUGGAUGAAGAGGAUGGCGGGAGGAGGGAGCGCGAGCUCCAUGAAGACGCAGCUGGUGAGCGCGAUUCAGCUGCAGGAGCUGGAGGAGGAGCGCGAGGACGAGCGCGAGGAGGAGCGCGAGGCUGCUGCUAAACCUGCUGCUAAACCUGUCGAGGAAGCCAAGGAUCAGAAAUGUUACAGCGUGGAGGAGGCUGUUGAAAGCAUUGGCUUUGGGCGCUUUCACAUUCUUCUCUUUGUUAUUAUGGGCAGUGCCAAUAUUGUAGAGGCGAUGGAGAUCAUGUUGUUGGCUGUGGUGUCUCCUGAGAUCCGAUGUGAGUGGCGUCUGGAGGAUUGGCAGGUGGCCCUGGUCUCCACGAUGGUGUUCCUGGGCUUCAUGGUAUGCGGGGUGCUGUGUGGAUAUGUGGCGGAUAAAUAUGGCCGCUGGAAGGUGGUGUUUGGGGGCUUCGUGUGGGCCGCAUAUUUCUCUGUGCUCACGUCAUUCGCGCCAUCCUACGGCUGGUUUAUUUUCCUGCGCAGCAUGGUGGGCUGUGGAGUAGCAGCCACGUCACAAGGGUUUGUUCUGAAGACAGAAUUCAUUCCUGCUAAAUACCGAGGCUCUCUGCUGCCCCUGGCCUCAAUUUUCUGGAUGGUGGGAUCGUUGCUCAUCAUCAUUCUGGGGAUGACUGUGGUGCCCACGCUGGGCUGGCGCUGGAUGAUUCGCUUCUCCGUCAUCCCCAGUGUUCUACUAAUCAUCCUCUUCCAGUUUAUCCCUGAGUCAGCGAGGUUCCAGGUCUCGGCAGGGAAUGUAGAAGGAGCUGUUGCCACUUUAAAAUGGAUCGCUAAGAUGAAUGGAGCCAGCUUGCCUGAGGGGGAACUACGGGAACCUAUAGUGACGGAGAGAGGAAAUGCUGCCACUCUGGUUAGUCGAGCUUUCAGGAUGACAUCUCUGCUGUUGUGGUAUUCAUGGUUUGUAGCGUCUUUCUCCUAUUACGGCUCUGUGCUGAGCAGCUCAGAGCUCCUGGAGAAGAACCUGCUCUGUGUGAUCGACGCCGAAGCAGAACAUGACAUCAAACACAAACAGGACGAGGGGUUGUGUUACUGCAUCCCGUUCAACAUGGCUGACUACCAGACCCUCCUCAUCAGCUGCCUGGGAGAGGUGGCAUUGAUCCCUCUGAACAUCGGCCUGUUGCACGUUGUGGGCCGAAAGUGCAGCAUGGUGAUCCUGCAGGUCCUCUCGGCCAUCUUCUUCAUGCUGGUGAAUAUCUGCACCACCAUGUUUGGUUUCACAGUGUUGCUCUUCCUGCUGCGUUCACUGGUCUCGAUGAAUUUUAAUGUGGUUUAUAUUUAUACUGCAGAGGUUUACCCUACAGCAGUGCGCUCUAUAGGAAUGGGUUUCUGUACUUCAUUCAGUCGAAUCGGUGGGAUGAUUGCACCCUUUAUAGCACAGGUGUUGAUGUCUAAGUCUGUGCUGUUAGCGUUGUCUCCGUUUGCUCUGACAUGCUGUCUGUGCGCUAUCGGGACUGUCCUGUUACCCAUCGAGACCAGAGGACGAGCAUUACUGCAAAAUGAAUAACGCACACCUGCUCAUGAAGAAACUAUGAAUAUUUCAUAACUACAGAUUUUUUUUUGUUUGUUAGUUUUUUGUAAAUUGAUUAAACUUGGAUCACAAAACCA